AUGCGCAUACUCCCCGCGCUCCUGCUUGUCGUGCAAGCCGCCGCCGCCAAUGCGACUGUCUUCGGACUUGAAUUCACGACCACUGGCCUUGUCUGCUCCGCUUCCCUCCCCAACGGCUCGGCUGUGGGAUUGAAAAAGGUGGACGGAGGAGCAGACUAUACGGCGGCGAUGUUUCGGAUGUUUAGCGAGGCGAGAGCGGGUGGGAGGACUCCGCGACCACUGCUGCAGCGGGACGAAGAGUAAGUCCCAGUCCCGCAAUCUCCCGUCUGGGAAAUGUAUUGCUCACUGUACUGUCCGUUCGGCUUAGGAGUCGUGGGAGUUCCUGGUCUUGGACUUGGCUCGGAUUUCCCCUCGCUACUGCUGCUGCUGCUGCUUCUUUCCCGAAGAAGAGUGAGGAUGCCGCUGCUGUUCUUGGGACUGUCGUCGCUCGGGCGAAGGAAGAUUGCGUCAGGACGCUCUUCGAACAGUAUGCAAUACAAGUCUCAGAGAAGCGUCCUUCAGCUGUCGUAGUCGGUCCGACGUUCCUCUUCACCCCCGUCAAGUGCAAGAUGGAAGGAAAAAUCUGGUUGGACUCCUGGAUCGUGCAGCAGCGCAAGCGUGUGGGUCCUACGAAGGCGGAGAGGGGAGUCUGGCAGAAGAAACAGGAGAAGAUUUUCUUGAGGGCUGUGGAGGUGGGCGGUUUCAAGCUCGGGAGGCAUGAGAUCUUGCCUGCUGCUGCUUCCAGUGCCACGAUGGAGCGUGGAGGCGUGGUACUAGUUGCUCAACUCCAGGCGCAUGGCCUCACGCUCUGGAGUGACCGGGAUCCUGUACAGGUUUGGAGUACGUUCUCUCCCGCACGGCAGUGGGAGGAAACUCCGAGGUUGCACUUUCCGAGGCUACUCGAGCAGGCGAAUGGGAGUAUCACUGUGCUCCCCAUCGGAGGCGGAUGGGUACCGCCGAGGUUGAGGAGGCUGAGGACUAUUGUACAGGAGUUGAGACCGGGCGCUACGAUCUUGAUGGAUGUCGAGCCUCUCUACGCUGCCAGUGUCGGUGCUGCGAUGAUGGCAUGA